AUGGAGUAUAAACGGUGCUACCUCCCCAUCUGGCUGCUAGGGGUGGCAGUGUGUGUGGUGUUUCUGGUACGGCAUACGACCUACCCGAAUGCGGUUUUCCCUUCCAUGGGCAAAUUUAUGGCUGGACCGCGACUGUUGCAGGCAGUUAGAUUAGCGAAGGAUCGACCAAGGCCGUUGCGCCUUGCGGAGUUUCACGAUGGUGCCGAGUGUGAUCGUGACUGUACGGAACGGGACGCACCUCGGGUGUGCUAUUUCCGCUGGCUCGCGGAACAAUAUGCUGCGAUGGGGUCUGCUUGUGGUGACUGUCGAUGGGGUAACCGGAGCCACUGCUUUCACCCACAGUGCAUCACGGCCGACGGUAUGGAGCGUGGCGUGUUGGCACUUAACCGACGCAUUCCCGGACCCACCAUACACGUGUGCCGGCACGAUAUGGUGGUGGUGGACGUCAUUAAUCACAUGGACGGGCUUGAAACCACGAUUCACUGGCACGGAGCCCAUCAAUACGAUACGCCCUGGAUGGAUGGGGUGCCAAUGAUCACACAGUGUCCUAUUCCACACGGUACCGGCUUUCGGUACGCGUUCAACGCAUCCGAACCGGGCACACAGUUCUACCACUCACACGCCGGCCAUCAAAAGGCGAAUGGGCACUACGGACUGUUCGUGGUUCGAUCGGCCACCGACAUCAAUCGGCAUCUGUACGAUUACGAUCUCAGUGAGCAUCACAUCGUGAUAUCGGACUGGACGCUCGAUUUGGUGGAGAAAUUCGUACCGGGACUUCAGAGCAGUACGGUGCGAAUGGACUCGAUCCUCAUUAACGGCCGAGGACGGCAUUACGAUGAAGAGGAACACGAACUACAAGUGCAAGCACCGUUGACAGUGUACCGGGUAAAGAAAGGUUACCGCUACCGGUUUCGAAUGAUAAGCAGUGGAAGUCAAUUUUGUCCCUUCCAACUACAGAUUGAAAACCAUCGAAUGCAGCUGAUUGCCACCGAUGGAGGCGCCGUGCAGCCCAUCAUGAUCGAUACGCUCAUCUCCACCUCGGGCGAACGGUACGAUUUCGUACUGUCGGCAAAUCAGAAACCAGGUAACUACUGGGUGCGAGUCCGUGCCAUCGGCUUUUGUAACGUCGAGCGAAGGGAAGAGUUCGCCAUCCUGUCGUACGUCGACGAGGCGGACAGCGUGCCGGAAGUGGAACUGGCCUACCCGAAGCACACGCCACCUGCCUGGGACGAACGAUUCCCUACGGGGACGGUGCUCAACAAUCCGAACGCCACGUGCUACGUACCGGACGAUAACGAUCUGUGUGUGGCCGAUCUGGAAUCGCACGAAGUCUACCGGGACGACGCACUGAUCGAUGCGGCUCCGGACAAAACGUUCCGCAUCCUGUUCAACACGUUCACCGCCGACCCGGCGAUCCUGUUCUCCGAGCAAGGUUACGUCCGGUACAUGACCGUGGUACUCACGCUCAACAACAUUGGCGUCACGAACAACAUCAGCAUGGUGUUCCCGGACUUUCCGCUGCUCACGCAACCGGAACUGAUUGGCGGCGACGGGUUGUUCUGCAAUGACACACACCGGCCGGAGCACUGCAAACCGCACCACGCCUGCUUCUGUCUGCACCGGCUAAAGGUGGCGCUCAAUGACGUGGUCGAGAUGUCGCUGAUCGACGACGCGGAAGUGGUGCGCGAUCUGUACCAUCCGUUUCAUCUGCACGGUCACCGUUUCAUCGUUACCGGGAUGGGUCAACUGCCACAGUUCCGGACGCAGAGCGAAAAGGUGGACUUUGUCGAGCGGAGUCGCCGGUAUGCCCGCACGAUGCCCAGCGACCAUAACCCACCGUACAAGGACACCGUAUCGGUACCAUCGCGCGGCUACACUCGCAUCCGGUUCCGGGCGGACAAUCCAGGAUUUUGGCUGGUACACUGUCACUUCGAGUGGCAUCUCGGCAUCGGGAUGAGCCUGGUGCUGCAAGUGGGCGAAGUGGACCAGAUGAAAAAGGCCCCGAGCGACUUUCCACGGUGCGGCAGUUACAAACCGGACAUCUACUCACAGGGCUAG